UAGCUCCCCCGUCUCAACCUGAAGCUCCUCUACUCCGUACCCAUUUCCCGCCAUACAACCCCAAUCGGCGCAUCCGUUGCCCGUUUCGGCUUCAACCUGAAGAGAUGGACGAAAAUCCAACGUCCCGUCCACGUCACCUGGCAAACAGCAAGUUCGGGAAAGGCACCGCUAGAGUCCCUGUGCACCCGUCAAAGCCACAACUCCUAUCUUGGCUAUUCCUGCGUCCCUUUACAAUUCCACCGAGCUCAACCAUCACCACGGUCGAAAUGGCUUGGUUCUGCACAAGUUGCUUUAUGCAACACGCGUACAGACUCUGCCUUUACGUCCAGCACAUACGCAGCAGUGUCGCCUCGGCCAUCAGCUGGACUGUUCCCUUCAAAGCGAAGCCAAGGAGUGGACGGUCCCCCCAGCUUCCCCCAUCCCCCACCAUUAUGCCGGCAUUUCUACCUUUACCCACAGAUUACCAGGCGUCCAGUGCCGUUCCCGGACAUACGGCAUCGAGGACCAAAGUCGCUCAGCGACGGCCAUUCCGCAUCCGUGGAGCAACUUAGAUCUGGUAGUGGCCAUCCCGUCACCGUCCCAUCAACCACUCAGUGACAUUCAUGUUUUGGAAU